GCCCUGCCCCGCGCGCAGCCGGCGGCUGCCUGGGCGCUUCCUAGUUGGCGCGGGCGGCCGCCCAGGCGAGGUGCGGCCUCCGCUCAGGCGGGGGGCGUCGGCGCCGCGGGGCCCCGCCAUGGCAGCGUCCGAGCUCUACACAAAGUUUGCUAGAGUUUGGAUACCUGAUCCUGAGGAAGUUUGGAAGUCAGCAGAGCUGCUGAAAGAUUAUAAACCAGGAGAUAAAGUCCUCCUGCUUCACCUUGAAGAAGGAAAGGAUUUGGAAUAUCGUCUAGAUCCAAAGACUAAGGAACUGCCUCACUUAAGAAACCCUGACAUACUUGUGGGUGAAAAUGACCUCACAGCCCUCAGCUAUCUUCAUGAGCCUGCUGUGCUCCACAAUCUCAGAGUCCGCUUUAUUGACUCCAAACUUAUCUAUACAUAUUGUGGUAUAGUCCUUGUAGCUAUAAAUCCUUAUGAACAGCUGCCUAUUUAUGGAGAAGAUAUUAUUAAUGCAUAUAGUGGUCAGAAUAUGGGUGAUAUGGAUCCACAUAUCUUUGCAGUAGCUGAAGAAGCUUACAAGCAAAUGGCCAGAGAUGAACGAAAUCAGUCCAUCAUCGUAAGUGGAGAGUCUGGGGCAGGGAAAACAGUUUCAGCUAAGUAUGCCAUGCGAUACUUUGCAACUGUAAGUGGUUCUGCCAGUGAAGCCAAUGUUGAGGAAAAGGUCUUGGCCUCCAACCCCAUUAUGGAGUCCAUUGGAAAUGCUAAGACAACCAGGAAUGAUAACAGCAGCCGUUUUGGGAAGUAUAUUGAAAUUGGUUUUGAUAAGAGAUAUCGAAUCAUUGGUGCCAAUAUGAGAACUUACCUUUUAGAGAAAUCCAGAGUGGUAUUCCAGGCAGAAGAGGAGAGAAACUAUCAUAUCUUCUAUCAGCUUUGUGCUUCAGCAAAUUUACCUGAAUUUAAAAUGCUGCGAUUAGGGAAUGCAAAUAACUUUCAUUACACAAAGCAAGGUGGCAGUCCUGUGAUUGAAGGAGUUGAUGAUACCAAGGAGAUGGCACAUACCAGGCAGGCCUGCACUUUGCUAGGAAUUAGUGAGUCUUAUCAGAUGGGAAUUUUCCGAAUACUUGCUGGCAUCCUUCACUUAGGCAAUGUUGCAUUUACAUCUCGGGAUUCAGACAGCUGCACAAUACCUCCCAAGCAUGAACCUCUCAGCAUCUUCUGUGACCUUAUGGGUGUGGACUAUGAAGAGAUGUGUCACUGGCUCUGCCAUCGGAAACUGGCUACCACCACGGAGACAUACAUCAAACCCAUAUCCAAGCUGCAGGCCACAAAUGCCCGUGAUGCUUUGGCCAAGCACAUUUAUGCCAAGCUCUUUAACUGGAUUGUAGAUCAUGUCAAUCAAGCCCUCCAUUCUGCUGUCAAACAGCACUCUUUUAUUGGAGUGCUGGACAUAUAUGGAUUUGAAACAUUUGAAAUAAAUAGUUUUGAACAGUUUUGCAUAAAUUAUGCAAAUGAAAAACUACAGCAACAAUUCAAUAUGCAUGUCUUCAAAUUAGAACAAGAAGAAUAUAUGAAGGAACAAAUUCCAUGGACACUCAUAGAUUUUUAUGAUAAUCAGCCUUGCAUUAAUCUUAUAGAAUCUAAACUAGGUAUUCUAGAUUUGCUGGAUGAGGAAUGCAAGAUGCCUAAAGGUACAGAUGACACUUGGGCCCAAAAAUUGUACAACACACAUUUGAACAAAUGUGCACUCUUUGAAAAGCCCCGUCUGUCAAACAAAGCUUUCAUCAUCCAACAUUUUGCUGACAAAGUGGAAUACCAGUGUGAAGGCUUUCUGGAAAAGAAUAAAGACACUGUUUUUGAAGAACAAAUUAAAGUUCUGAAAUCAAGCAAGUUUAAGAUGCUACCAGAACUAUUUCAAGAUGAUGAGAAGGCCAUCAGUCCAACCUCAGCCACCUCGUCAGGGCGCACGCCCCUCACCCGCACUCCUGCAAAGCUGACCAAAGGUAGACCAGGCCAGACAGCCAAAGAGCACAAGAAAACAGUGGGGCACCAGUUCCGAAACUCCCUUCACCUGCUUAUGGAGACCCUCAAUGCCACUACCCCUCACUAUGUGCGCUGUAUUAAGCCCAAUGACUUCAAGUUCCCAUUCACGUUUGAUGAGAAGAGGGCGGUGCAGCAACUGAGAGCGUGUGGUGUCCUGGAAACCAUCCGCAUCAGUGCAGCAGGCUUCCCCUCACGAUGGACUUACCAAGAAUUUUUCAGUCGCUACCGUGUCCUAAUGAAGCAAAAGGAUGUGCUGAGUGACAGAAAGCAAACAUGCAAGAAUGUAUUAGAGAAACUGAUAGCGGACAAGGACAAAUACCAGUUUGGUAAGACAAAGAUCUUUUUCCGUGCUGGUCAAGUAGCCUAUCUAGAAAAAUUGAGGGCGGACAAGCUGAGGGCUGCCUGCAUCCGGAUCCAGAAGACCAUCCGAGGGUGGCUGCUGCGGAAGAAGUACCUGCGCAUGCGGAAGGCGGCCAUCAUUGUGCAGAGAUACGUGCGGGGCUACCAGGCCCGAUGUUAUGCUAAGUUCCUGCGCAGAACCAAGGCAGCAACCAUCAUUCAGAAAUACUGGCGCAUGUACAUAGUCCGCAGGAGAUACAAGAUAAAACGAAUGGCCACUAUUGUUCUUCAGUCUUAUUUGCGAGGCUACUUGGCCAGAAAUAGGUACCACAAGAUGCUCCGUGAGCACAAAGCAGUUAUCAUUCAGAAGUGGGUCCGGGGCUGGCUGGCUCGUACCUACUACAGGAGGAGUAUGCAUGCCAUCAUCUAUCUUCAGUGCUGCUUCCGGCGGAUGAUGGCCAAGCGUGAGCUAAAGAAGCUCAAGAUCGAGGCCCGCUCUGUGGAGCGCUAUAAGAAGCUCCACAUCGGCAUGGAAAACAAGAUAAUGCAGCUACAGCGCAAAGUUGAUGAGCAGAACAAAGACUACAAAUGCCUCAUGGAGAAACUGACCAAUCUGGAAGGAAUAUACACCUCUGAGACUGAGAAACUACGAAGUGACUUGGAGCGUCUUCAACUAAGUGAGGAGGAAGCUAAGAUUGCUACUGGACGGGUCCUCAGUCUGCAGGAAGAAAUUGCCAAGCUCCGGAAAGACCUGGAACAAACUCAGUCGGAGAAAAAAUCCAUUGAGGAGCGUGCAGAUAGGUACAAACAGGAAACUGAGCAGCUGGUAUCAAAUCUGAAGGAAGAAAAUACUUUACUGAAGCAGGAAAAAGAGGCCCUCAAUCAUCUUAUCGUGGAGCAGGCUAAGGAGAUGACAGAGACUAUGGAGAAGAAGUUAGUAGAAGAAACAAAACAACUGGAACUCGAUCUUAAUGAUGAAAGGCUGAGAUAUCAGAACCUUCUGAAUGAGUUCAGUCGCUUAGAAGAACGAUAUGAUGACCUCAAGGAAGAGAUGACUCUGAUGGUAAAUGUGCCUAAGCCUGGACACAAGAGAACAGACUCCACUCAUAGCAGCAAUGAGUCUGAAUACACCUUUAGCUCUGAAAUUGCAGAAACUGAAGAUAUGCCAUUGAGGACAGAGGAGCCAAGUGAGAAGAAGGUACCUCUGGACAUGUCCUUGUUUCUCAAGCUCCAGAAGCGGGUCACAGAGCUGGAGCAGGAGAAGCAGGUGAUGCAGGAUGAGCUGGACCGCAAGGAGGAGCAGGUGCUCCGCAGCAAGGCAAAGGAAGAAGAAAGACCACAAAUUAGAGGCGCAGAACUGGAAUAUGAGUCACUCAAGCGCCAAGAGCUUGAAUCAGAAAACAAAAAACUGAAAAAUGAGCUAAAUGAGUUACGCAAGGCACUUAGUGAGAAAAGUGCCCCAGAGGUGACCGCUCCAGGUGCACCAGCCUACCGUGUCCUCAUGGAGCAGCUGACCUCUGUGAGUGAGGAGCUCGAUGUCCGCAAGGAGGAAGUCCUCAUCUUGAGAUCUCAGCUGGUGAGCCAGAAGGAGGCUAUCCAACCCAAGGAUGACAAGAAUACAAUGACAGAUUCCACAAUACUUUUGGAAGAUGUGCAAAAAAUGAAAGAUAAAGGUGAAAUAGCACAAGCAUACAUUGGUUUGAAAGAAACAAACAGAUCACCUGCUAUGGAUUGCCAUGAGUUGAAUGAGGAUGGAGAGCUGUGGCUGGUUUAUGAAGGGUUAAAACAAGCCAACAGGCUCCUGGAAUCCCAGCUCCAGUCACAGAAGAGGAGCCACGAGAAUGAGGCUGAAGCCCUGCGUGGAGAGAUCCAGAGCCUGAAGGAGGAGAACAACCGGCAGCAGCAGCUGUUGGCCCAGAACCUGCAGCUGCCCCCGGAGGCCCGCAUCGAGGCCAGCCUGCAACACGAGAUCACCAGGUUGACCAACGAAAAUUUGUAUUUUGAGGAAUUAUAUGCAGAUGACCCUAAGAAGUAUCAAUCAUAUCGGAUUUCACUUUACAAGCGGAUGAUUGAUUUGAUGGAGCAACUUGAAAAACAAGACAAGACUGUUCGAAAACUGAAAAAACAACUGAAAGUAUUUGCCAAAAAAAUUGGUGAACUAGAAGUGGGCCAAAUGGAGAACAUAUCCCCCGGACAGAUCAUUGAUGAACCCAUCCGUCCGGUCAAUAUUCCUAGGAAAGAAAAGGAUUUCCAAGGAAUGCUGGAAUACAAGAAGGAGGAUGAGCAAAAGCUUGUUAAGAACCUGAUUCUGGAACUGAAGCCACGUGGUGUGGCAGUCAAUUUGAUUCCAGGGUUACCAGCGUAUAUCCUGUUUAUGUGUGUUCGACAUGCUGACUACCUGAAUGAUGAUCAGAAAGUAAGGUCAUUGCUAACAUCAACAAUUAACAGCAUCAAAAAAGUAUUAAAGAAAAGAGGUGAUGAUUUUGAAACCGUCUCCUUCUGGCUCUCUAACACAUGCCGAUUUUUGCACUGUUUGAAGCAGUACAGUGGAGAAGAGGGCUUUAUGAAACACAACACGUCUCGCCAGAAUGAACACUGCCUCACCAACUUUGACCUGGCUGAGUACCGGCAGGUGCUAAGUGACUUAGCCAUUCAGAUCUACCAGCAGCUCGUGCGGGUGUUAGAGAACAUCCUUCAGCCAAUGAUCGUCUCUGGCAUGCUGGAGCAUGAAACCAUUCAGGGCGUGUCUGGGGUGAAGCCCACAGGGUUAAGAAAGCGAACCUCCAGCAUCGCUGACGAGGGCACCUACACACUGGACUCUAUCCUCCGGCAGCUCAACUCCUUCCACUCAGUCAUGUGUCAGCACGGCAUGGACCCUGAACUGAUCAAGCAGGUGGUCAAACAGAUGUUCUACAUUGUUGGGGCCAUCACCCUGAACAACCUCCUUCUGCGGAAGGACAUGUGCUCCUGGAGUAAAGGCAUGCAGAUCAGGUACAAUGUCAGUCAACUGGAAGAGUGGCUGCGUGACAAGAAUCUGAUGAACAGUGGGGCUAAAGAAACCCUGGAACCUCUCAUUCAGGCUGCGCAGCUUUUGCAAGUGAAAAAGAAGACAGAUGAUGACGCAGAAGCCAUCUGUUCCAUGUGCAGUGCUUUAACUACUGCCCAGAUUGUCAAAGUGUUGAAUUUGUAUACUCCGGUUAAUGAGUUUGAAGAAAGAGUCUCUGUAUCAUUUAUUCGUACUAUACAGAUGCGUUUACGAGACAGGAAAGACUCUCCUCAGCUGCUCAUGGAUGCUAAACACAUCUUUCCUGUCACCUUUCCUUUUAACCCAUCCUCCCUCGCACUAGAAACCAUCCAAAUUCCAGCCAGCCUGGGCCUGGGAUUCAUAUCACGGGUCUGAAAGUGAUGUGAUGUCAAGGCAAACAGUGACAGUAAAUUUCUUGCCUGAAAUAAGAACCCGUUAUUUCCAGUGAGCUACUGAAAAUAUGCUCUAAAGAGAAAGUACUGAGUAUCUUUCAAACAAGAGGUUAUUAACUGGAAAUCUCCCUAAAUACUUUCAUCACCUUGGAAAGACAAUUAGGCUUCUUUGUACUGUGUUACCUUUAAUUCAUAGCAACACUCACCCUUGAUCAGUUAGGUAUCCUGAGUUACAUGCAGGUAAAGAGCAGACAGAAGGGGGAAAAGUGUCUCCAGCUGCCAGCAUUUAUUUUAAAUCCUUAGCACUGCAUCCUAAUAGUAUGGUAAAAAUGUAAAUUCCAGCUAUGAGCUGUUGUUAGGAAGGCACCAACAAAGAACCUCCUCUGUGUGAACCAGAAGAAUUGAAAGAAAAAUUGCCAUUGAGUACAUAUCAUAUCAGUUCAGGAAUCAGUUAUGUUGAUAUUGUCAAACUGGAUCAAAGAAAUAAACUGGCAAUAUGUAAAGUAAUUGGUCAAGUAACUUCCUUAUAUGUGUCACUCUGAUAUAGAGAUAUUAAGAGAAUGUUGGUUUGCCAUAUAGCAUAGAAGUCCAUUUGUACUAUAGUUUACUGAGCAUUUUAAAUUGCUGCUACAUACUGUAUACUUUAACAUGUAAGCGAUAUUCUUAUUAGGCACUACAACAGUAAGCUUCUCUUUUAUCAACUCUGUUUACAAUUCAAUCAGACCAUUUUAACUGGAUUAUGUGCAAAUAUAUACAGAUUCCCCUGCACGAGUAGCGGACACUGGGAAGUCAUGUAGUAAUAUGACAAAAUGUUUGACAUUUAGGGAUAGGAUUAGACAAAGUGGCUAUUGUUGAUGUCGUUAUUUAUUCAGAAUGUAUUACAUUGAUGUGCUCAUUAAUUUUCCCUGGGUGGAUAUCACAUCAGGGUACAGUGUUCUGUGAAGUGACUUAUUUUUAGUUCCCAGAUCAGAUUCCUGCACUGCAUAUUUUCAACCCAGCCAGGUUUUCUUUCUUCUUAAUUUAUUAAGAAUUAAUCUCAGUCACUAUCUAGAGAAGAGUGUCAGCAUAGUCAUGGUUUGGGUCUUGAAACCUUGAUUAUCCUAUAAAUUAUGCAAAACAAGGUAUAUAAUAAAUACUAUGAUUCCAUUUUUUUAGGCUUUGCAACUUCUAUAAAUGUUCUCAGUACCACUAGAUACUUUAAAGAGCAUCAUACUAGAAAUACUUUAAGACUUAUGUAAGAAGACUGCUGAAUUUUAGAGGAUUUGUUUCAGUAAGAGCCAGAUCCUAUAAGUUUCAUUCUGAAAUUCUAAUUAAACAUAUUCUCAGUUUUUCCUGGACAUCCUAUACAGUAAAUCUUUCAGGUUGUGCAAAAGCAAAUUCUUAGUUUUCAUUAGAAACUCUGGUUCUGAAUUACAAUCAUAGAUUUAUAUAACUUAACUGUUAGAUGGUCUAUGAAAAAUGACAUUAAUACAUGUGCAAUAUUAAUGGAAGUCAAACAGUUUCAAAUCAAUGAUAAAGAUUGUUAUUAAAAGAUAAAUACUGUCUGUUAACUUAUUUGGGCCUCACAUUCCUCAUUUAUACAGUAAGAGAGUUGGACCCUUCCACAUCUAAAAUUCUCUCCUUUUGGCUCUUAGGUCCUAGAAAAACUAGAUACAGUUACUCAGUGAGUUCACCCUCUAAUUGAAAGAUCACUGUUUGGUGCCUGUUAAUUCUAGGGGAUUAAUAAAAUGUAAAGCCACAAGUUGGUGUAGCUAUAACCUUUCUUAAAUGUACAUGAUUUACAUACAUGCUUUUAGAAAGUGAAUUAGUUUUAGUAAUUUUUAUUGAAUCAUGUACUGCCAUAUUCAGUUUGGAUACAUUUAUUUAUUUGCAAAACCAGCCAAAAACACUACUGAUCCAAUCAGGUUCUCUUAGUUUUCCCCAACUGUCAAUGUGGUUUUCAGUGAACAAUGAACUCUUACCUCUUGGUUAGUACUGAAUGUGCCAGAGUACUGACUCAUUGCACAGGGGAAACGCCAAAAAAAUGUCAUGAUGAUGCAGGCUGUCCACCUCAGACCUGGAAAUCCUCCUGGGCCCUUUCCCAGCUUAGUCCCUGUGUAAUGUGCAUGCCCUGAAUCUUGUCAGGUCUUCAAGAGCAUGCUGUAGCUCCUACUGCCGUUGCAGCCCUUUAUCUGAGCCCAGACGGCUCAUAUCCUCAAACAUCUCUCUCUUGUCUCCUGCCUUUGUGCUGGAAAGUGCUGAAGCCUCCAUUCCACACCUGGGCCAGAAUCUCUCCUGUUCAGUGAUGGCCACACAAAGACUCUACUAUUCCAGGCUCCAGCUUCCUCCAAGGCCUACCCAGAACCCGGGAUGGGGAUCUGAAUCAACUUCUCUUAGCGACAUAAAGAUCUUUAGUCAUUACAAGACUACAACCUUACAACCAGGGAACCCCAAGACCUGAUAAAUGACUCCGUGUGCUACUUUCUUGAGGAUGCAACAGUUAUUUGUUUACUAGGGGUUUCCUUGAGCCCCUCUUAGGACAGCCCACCCUCUCUCCAACCACAUUUCCUCACCCAACUUCAAACAUCCCUUCCCCAGCCUUCCAGCCACGCAUUCCCUUGUUCACUCUUUCCCCUCCCUCAGCCGGACCAUACACCACUUGCCUGUCUGCUCAGCUGCUCUGACUGUGCUGAACGCAGUAGAGUCAGUCCUCAAUUGCCCCCCUGGCCUGACUUCAGGCCGAUCUUUGCACAACUUCUUGUUCUUGCUUCUCAGCAGUACAUUCUUUAAAAUUAUCACUAAUUUGCUUUUUCAUAAUUCCCUUGUGACACACAGUAGGGAUUCACAGAAAAAUCUUGAAAGAACACAGUCCAAUCUUCAUAGCCCCUUCUCAAUAGUCUCCUCACUCACCUUACCUAUAGACCUAGCUCAUACCUUGGAAUGCAAGGCUGAAAAAUUAGGAGCAGUUUUCCUUGUAGCUUUCCUUGGCUUAAGGCUUUGGUCUGCCUGACCUGAGCGUUACUAUAAAGAAGAGGGAAAAUAAGAUCCAUAAAGUGAUUCCUUUGGAAGUUUUGAAAAAUAUCCAUGUACCUGACACUUCUUUUGUCAAGUGCAAAAGUACAAAAAGAUACAUUCCAAAGCCCACCAAAAGGAAAUUUGAGGAUCCUGGUCAGUUUGUAUGAUUUGCUUUAUCCCGUUUGGCUCUUUCUGGGUGAGCAAUUAUGCAUAACACAGAUCAGAUCUUUUAAUACCAUGUGAGGGAGGCUAUGAAAAUAUUGGGAAUUUCAGUGUAGUGAUUGUUUUAAGAAAUUACUAUCCUGGUAACCCUAGGUCAAGGGGUACCUGUCCUAUCCUGAGAAAUCCUCACAUAAUAUUCAUGCACCAACCUGCCCUCCCCACCCCACCUUGUCUGUCUGUCUGUCUGUCUCUCUCUCUCUCUCUCUCUCUCUCUCUCUCUCUCACACACACACACACACACACACACACAGUUACCAGAAUGUAGAGUUCCCCAGGAGGCAUAAUCAAGGAUCCUCUGGGUAACUGCAAUUGUUUAGAAUAAAAUAGAAAGCAAAACUUAGCAUGUGACCCUUAGAUUCUCCUGCUGAAAGUAGUGCGGAACAGGACGUUGUAUCUGGCUAUGCUUUUCUUCAGCGCACUUCCUCUGUUACCUCAUUGUGUCCUCACAACAGCACUGGAAGGCAGAAAGGGUAGCUACUAUAGUCACUUGCUGAUGCUACACAGAAAGAGGUCAGUGACUUGCUGAGGUCACACAGCCCUCCUGCCAUGCCGCUUUCCUGAAUGUAGCAGUGUCAGUGUGGCAGGUGGGAGCAGGAAAGUAAAAGAUCUCGAGGUGACAUUUGGUUUCUCCUGGUACCCAUGGGGUACCCUGGGUCAACAAGAGGUGCUUUUUUUUUCUUAUCAAAAUUGGCAACGGGCAUACGGGAACUGAGCAAGCGCCAAGGACCAGGUUGUCUGUGCUAACGAGAUGAAGUGCCCAGAGCCUGGUGGCUUUCUUUUUGUCAGUUACCUUCUAUAACUAGGUGUGAUUUUUGUAAUGAGUCAGAGCUCCCUUGAAAGGUGCAACACUCUGUGCUUAGGUCUUUAAUUAGUGGCAGGCUGGCUCAAACUGACUGGAAGCAGUGAAAGCCUCCCAAAAGUUCAGAGGAAAGUCAGUCUCCACACACACACUCCUCAGAGCCAGCACGAGAGCCACCAGACGAGCUGUGCAGCCGGCCGUCAAGCCCCUGGGUACCUUCUGAGGCCUGUCUGUGGGCAAGCCGUAUCCACGUCCGUGUGUUUGGACAUUUUGGUGUGUGCAUGCUGCCGGUGUUUACUUUGGAGCUAGGAGGUACGCUAUGUGCAUGCGUGUCAGAGAGGCUGUGUGUAUUGCUGUGGCCUCCGUUCAUGGUUAAGUGCGUUGUAAUUUCUCAGGGCGUGCUGUGAGGACCGCCUUAACCCCUGCUCCCUUCCCUCCGAGAGCUGCCUUAAGUUCUCUGGAACUUUUCCUCUGUAAGGGACCGACUUACCUGGAGAGGAUAUCUUGCCGUGUUUUUCAAGGUUUUGUGAGGGUUUUGGUUGGGUGUGGCCUCCAACCGCUAAUUCCUUUUCUUCCUGCAUGACUCUCCCCUCCUGUUACUUCUCCUUCCUUUUCUUUUCUGUUAUUUCCAAACAGGUGUUGGAACUCAGGCAGCACCAGUCUCAGAGCCAGUGAAUGUGGGCUGAGACAGUGUUCCUGAGUUUGGGGGGCUUGGUGUCACAAGUAAGCAAAUGAACAUAUGGAAGAAAUAGAUCAGUUCGCUUCUUGGUAAUGCUUAAAUGGCUUGUUUUCCCCAGAUCUUUUCUUGAUACAGGUAAAGGGUACAGCUGUAACACCUUCCAUGGACAUGCUUUAAAAAUUUUUUUAAAGAACCCUGUACUAUAUGUAAAAGUUUGAAUGAAAAUAGGGAAGAGUGCUGUAAGUUCUAUUCCAUUGUAUUACCCUAAAUUAAAUCAACCUGGAGUUACAGUAGACUUCUCAACAGAUCAGGAACUGAAAAGUAAUCUGUAAAAUACCUGCCAAAAUGCAUUUUAUACAUUUUUUAAUUUUAUAAUUUGGUCUAGCGAAAAUGUUCAUUAGCUUAACUUAAUGAGUGUCAUUAGCUUCCUAAAAUGACUGAAAACGAUUAACAUUUCCUUAGUAUUGUGAUAUAGCUUGAAAUAUUUGAAAGAAAAAUGUUUCUUGCGUGGAAACUGGUACGUAUAAUUUAAUGCUUGGUAGGUCAGUACAUUUUCAUGCAUUUUUCAGUCAAUAGUUUCAAAUAUCUUCUUGGUACCACAUGUUAUAAAACUGUAGCCUAUAUUUCAGGCUCUCUAAAUCACUUGAGCCAUUUAAUAUUUUCCAACAAAUGGUGAAGUUUUCCUUUAAAUGUGGAUAUGUAUGUUGUAAUUUAUGAUUCCUAGUUACGUAUUUUUGUGGACUCUUGGAGUAAUGUUCACUUUUUUGUGUCCUUGGAAAAUUUAAAUUGCUCUAACAGUGUUACACCGGAAUGAGCUCAUGACAUUUAACAUAUUGUAUUUUAAUUAUUAACUUUAAUUAUUAAUUUGCUGUGAAAUGGAUAUGCCUUUUAACUACAAUGAAAACGAACAUUGAAGUUUUUCAAAUAUUUUUCCUUGUUGGGUCUGUAAAAGGAAUUCUAUUUUGAUCUACAUAGAAAAAUAUGAUAUGGUUAAUCUUUGAAAAGUUCUUAGGUAAAAUACUCAUCCAUUAGAAAGGAAGCAGAAAUACUGAGAAGUGAAAGGCACUAUCAACCACCUCUGGUUUUAAACUGAAAUCAUCCCAGCAUAUCCCACAUGGAAUUUUUAAAAAUAAGUUAACAAUUCACCUCAUAUUAGCAAAAGCCUUUGAAACCUGGGUUUUCACUAGAUAUCACCUAGUGAUAAGAUGAAAACCAAAACAAUAUCAGAUUGACAUUUACGCUCUAAAUUUGUAGUUGUCUAAUGUUGUCCUUAGUAAAUGUGCGUCACUAAUGCUGUAUUCUCCUAGCUAUUAUAGAAAAUUGUUCAAAUAAAGAUAUGGAAAUAAA